AUGAUUAAUACAUAUCGUCAAUAUUCUAAAAAUAAUUUUCAACAAAAACAAUUAAAAUAUCAUGAAGCUUUAGAUGUCUUUUCAAAUGAUGUGAAAAUUCAAGACAAAAAUGUUGAUCUUGUUGUAAGUAAUCAAGAACAAUAUGACGAAUUACUUAAGCAUGCACUUAAAUUAAAAGAAAAAUACGUAUCACUUAAUCAUCUAAGCAUGAUAGAUGAAUUAAGUAAGAUCGGUGAUAGUCUUUGUCAACAAAAGAAAUUUGAUGAAGCAUUUGAUUGUCACCAUCGAUCAUUACAAUUGAGAAAUAAAUAUUAUCCUUCGAUUUACAAUAAUAUAAUUAAUGGUUUGAAUAUUUUGGGUUAUAUACUUCGUCAGCAAAAUAAAUAUGAAGAAGCAUUAGAUUUUUAUCAACAAGCACUAAAAAUUAGAGAAAUAUUCUAUACUAGAGAUAGUAUCAAUAUUGCUACUAAUCUUAUGAAUAUUGGCGAACUUCUUUGCAAACAAGGAAAAUAUGAUCGAGCUUUAGAAUUUUAUCAACGAGCAUUAAAAAUUCAAAAGCAAAAUUAUCCUUAUGAUCACAUGUUGAUUAUUAAUAGUCUUACAAACAUUGGUCUUAUUUUAUAUAAACAAGAAAAAUAUGAUCAAUCAUUAAAUUUUUUUCGACGUACUUUGGAAAUGAGAGAACGAUAUUUUUCUUCUGAUGAUUCUGAAAUUGUAGAAAAUCUCAAUAUUAUUGGUCAUAUUAACCAUCAUCAAAAGAAAUAUGAUGAAGCUUUAAUUUUCUUUCAACGAGCUCUUAAAUUACAGGAAAAUAUUUAUCUUUCUGAACAUAUUUCUAUGAUUGUGAAUUUGGACAAUAUUGGUGCUAUUUUUCGUGAGAAAGAACAAUUUGAUAAAGCUUUGGAAUUUUAUCGACGAUCACUCAAUAUAAAAGAGAUUUAUUAUUCAUCUGAUGAUAUAAAUAUCAUUAAAAGUCUAGGCAAUAUUGCAAAUAUUUCAUAUGAAAAUGGUGAAUAUGAUGAAGCUUUAAAAUACUUUCGACAAAUACUCGAAUUUCAACGUAAAUACAAUCCUUUUGAUCAUGUUAGUAUUGCAAGUAGCUUAAAUAAUAUUGGUCUUACUCUUUGUCAUCAAGGAGAUUUUGAAAAAGCUUUACUUUUAUGUUCUGAAGCAUUGAGAGUUCGGCAAAAAUAUCUGGCCGCAGAACAUCUUGAUAUUGCUCAAACAUUUCAUAGUCUUGGUACUAUUCAUCAUCGUCAAGGCAAAUAUGAAGAAGCUCUUAAAUAUUUUUAUCAAUCUCUACACAUGAAAGAAAAAUUAUUUCCUUCGGAUCAUCUUAGUCAUGUUGAAGAUCUUCAUAAUAUUGGUUUAAUGUUCAGUUAUUUAGAACAAUAUAAUAAUGCUUUAGCAUUUCAUCAAAAAGCACUUCGAAUACAAGAUAAAUAUUAUCCAUUGGGACAUAUAACUAUUGCUAUUAGUCUCAAUUAUAUUGGUUUGAUACUUUGUCAGCAAGAAGAAUUCGCCGAAGCUUUUCAAUUAUGUACGAAUGCUUUUGAAAUGAGAAAGAAAUAUUAUCCAUCGGAUCAUAGAAAGAUUUCUGAUAGUCUUUAUAGUAUUGCUAAGAUUCUUUAUAUGAAAAAAGACUAUGAUAGAGCUCUUGAUUUCUCUAAAAAAGCUCUUGAAAUAAGACAAAAACAUUGUCCUUCUGGAAAUAUUGAUAUUGCUGAAUGUUUUAACAUUAUUGGUAUGAUUUUGUAUAUGAAAGAAAAUCUUAAUAAAGCCUAUAAAAUGCAACAACAAGCUCUCAAAAUUCAAGAAAAAUUUUAUCCACCGUCUCAUCUAGAUAUUGCUAUUACCUAUGAAAAUCUUGGUAAAAUUUAUUAUAAACAAGAAAUAUAUGAUCAAGCAACAAUGUUCUUUGAAAGAGCACUUAACAUAAGAAAAACCUAUUAUACAUAUACGAAUACAGCUGUUGGUGAUAUUCUUUUUUUCAUGGGCUUAACAUAUCGUAAACAAAACGAUAUCGAUCAUGCUCUCGAAAAUCUUGAACAAGCUCUUUCAAUAAAAAAACAAUAUACAUCAAAUGACUUGCAAUCUAUAGCAACAAUUCUUGAAGAAUUGACCAAAAUCUAUACAGAUAAAAGUAAUUAUCGUGAUGCACUUCAAUAUGCUUGGGAUUGUUUAAAAAUACGUGAAAAGAUUUUACCUCGAAAUCAUAUUGAUAUUCAUACAAGUUUUUAUUUAAUUGUUAGUUGUUAUGCAAAUCUUGAAAAUGAAAUUAAUAUAGCAAAUGAAUAUGAUCGACAAGUAUCAGCAGUUUCGAAAGAAAUUUUACCUAUUGAAGAUCCAGUGAUUAUAGAGAUACCAGAGAAAAAUAUUCGCCAUCGUCAUCAUCAUCAAAAACCUACUCAUUCAUGGUUUUUGGACGCUCGAAACCGUAUAGAUAGAUUGAAGAAGCGCGUGUUUUCUUCAUAA